UUACCGAUUUAUAUCAAGUUUUAUUGGUAGGAAUAGCAGAUGAUUGUGAACGAGUGUUGGUAGGAAUAGCAGGAGAAGAUGAUGAUUGUAAACGGGUUGUAUUGGUAGAAAUAUCAGAAGAAGAUAGGUUGGAAGGUUUAGCAGUAGGUAAAUUAUUGUCAGAAGGUGGUAAGUUGGAAGUGUUAUCGCAACAGGAAUAUAACCCAAUACCUAAGAUACAAGCUUCCUGGUACAAAGAUCUUGACAGUACAAUUACUAUAGAUGAGCUGCAUAUAGCUAUAAAAGAA